AUGGCUCGUACUAAGCAAACCGCCCGUAAAUCGACCGGAGGAAAGGCUCCAAGAAAGCAAUUGGCCACCAAGGCUGCCCGUAAAUCGGCUCCAGCUUCCGGAGGUGUCAAGAAGCCACAUCGUUAUCGUCCAGGAACCGUCGCUCUACGUGAGAUCAGACGUUACCAGAAAUCCACCGAGCUUCUCAUUCGUAGAGCGCCAUUCCAGCGUCUUGUCCGUGAGAUUGCUCAGGAUUUCAAGACCGAUCUCCGAUUCCAGUCUUCAGCUGUUAUGGCUCUUCAAGAGGCCGCCGAGGCUUACCUCGUCGGACUUUUCGAGGAUACCAACUUGUGUGCCAUCCAUGCUAAGCGAGUUACCAUUAUGCCAAAGGACAUCCAAUUGGCAAGACGUAUCCGAGGAGAGCGUGCUUAA